GGCUCCAAAAGCUGGUCUUAUCCUCUUACAGCGCUGUAUAUAUGAUCGCUGCACUGAAUGAUUCACCAAACCAACGCAAUGGCUUCCGAUAUCACCAUUCCUCGUCCCCCGCGCACCCCUACUCCGCCCUCCGAUGAUCCUCCGCAGGAGCCUCAAGAACACCAUGACCACGAAGGUCUAUCUCCUUUGGCAGAUAAUUUUGCAAGUCGAGGCUUCCUGAGCCCUGCUCAUGCAUCAUUCAGAGGAACGUCGUGGGAUGUACCAGCACCAGCACAGAAUGGCUCGAAUGACAAUAAUGCUUCUUCCGGACCAUUCAAUUUCACAACCACGGUCAUGUCAAAGGGGCCUGUCCUAAAGUCUAAUGUUGGACAACGGCGCGGGCAUAAGUACAAGCACAGCAGUAUAUCUCAUCAGAUAUUCCUUGAACCCCCUCCUAGAGCACCUUUGGCCCUUCCAAACUCACUCCCCAUACCGACCUUCAAAGAAUGCCGGGCCAGUAUGUCGAAAGACCAGAAGACGCGGUUUUGGUGGAGUGUAUGUCACAUGUUCGUGGCAGCGUAUACGCUUUGGAGUGCCCAUGGCUCUUUGGCCAUGACAGCCUUAUCCCACCUCAUAUUGUUUGAUUCCCUCGGGGCCAUGCUCUGUGUAGCCGUGGACGUACUUGGGAAUUUUGAGGUAUGGAAGAGAUCUAGUAUCCGACAUCCCUUUGGACUUGAACGCGCGGAGGUGCUUGCUGGUUUCGCGAUGUGCGUCCUCCUGCUGUUCAUGGGAUUGGACCUCAUAUCUCAUAAUCUACAACAUUUCCUCGAAUCCUCUGGCCAUGAACCUCACCACUCUCAUGCUCACUACCGCGUUUCCUCGGGUAGUGUGGACACAGCUGCUGUUCUCGCCGUCAUUUCCACUCUGGUGUCUGCAAUUGGGCUGAAAAACCAUGCCCGCAUUGGCAAAGCAAUGCGAUUUGCGUACAUUGAGUCCUUGCCAUCUAUCUUAAGCAACCCGUCGCAUUUCCUUACCAUUUCCUGCUCCACACUUCUCUUACUUCUCCCAUUGGUAUCAGUCAAGUUAUAUACUUGGAUCGACAAGCUCUUGUCAGGCACCAUAGCUGUUGCGAUGUGCAUCCUUGGGGUUCGUCUGGUUAAGACUCUCGGCUCAAUGCUCUUAAUGUCAUACUCCGGCCCUGGCGUCUGUGAUGUGAUCAAAGAUAUCGAAUCAGAUCCCUCCGUCUUUGCGAUCGACGAUGCGAGGUUCUGGCAGGUCCACUAUGGCCUGUGUAUGGCGAAUCUAAAAAUACGUGUGUCUGGCUCGGAGGAAAGCCUCGCACGACUGCGUGAGAAAAUAUCGAGCCUGAUCAAGAACCGUCUGGGAAGGGGAUAUGGGUCGGGAGGUCAGAAAUGGGAGGUAUCGUUGCAAUUCACAGUUGAGCGGAUAUGAUUCAGAUAUCACGGUGUAGUUACUUUAAUGUCUUGACUCUCAACAGGUCUUGAAUUGAUAUGUGCAUAUCUAAGCAAUUUAUUAAUGAUAUUAAUCUUGAUUGGC